AAUUGCUUGCUGAAAGAAAAAGCAUCUGUUCCCUUCUAACCUUCUCCCUCCGAGAAGCUUGAGCAAUCGUUGUCGUCCCUGCCCGCCGCCGCCUAGGUCAAACACCGCCGACGCCGCCGUCAGCCGUAUCAUGUCGACAAGCGCCAGCGCCAACCCGAAGCCGAAGCGGCGGAGGGGGGCCCCGAAGCAGGGCCCCGCGUUCCCUAGGGUGAGCACCGUCGGGGCAAUACGUGCCUACGAGGAGGGCGCCGAAGGGGCGCGGAGGGACACUAGGCCGGGCCCCGCGUUCCCUAGGGUGGUCAACACCACGGUCAGGGGAUGGGGCACCAGCGAGGAGGGUGCCGAUAGGGUGGCGGGUUCGGCGUUGAAGGCGGGGAGGAGCGGCAACGAGGCGGGAAGCGUCGAUAGUUCGUAUCUCACCCAGACACGGUUUGAUCAAUGUCCUAUUUCUCCGUUGUCACUGAAAGCCAUCAAAGAUGCUGGGUAUGAAAGGAUGACCAAGGUGCAAGAGGCUACUCUGCCAAAAAUUCUUCAAGGAAAAGAUGUUCUUGCAAAGGCAAAGACAGGAACAGGAAAAACAGUUGCCUUUUUGCUUCCAGCGAUUGAGGUUCUCUUUGCAUUACCUCAUUCACCAUCUAUAAAUUUGCUGGUGAUGUGCCCUACCAGGGAGCUUGCAAACCAAGUGGCUGCUGAGGCCAGGAAGCUUCUAAAGUAUCAUCGCUCACUGGGUGUCCAGGUUGUAAUUGGUGGCACACGAUUGCCUCAAGAGCAACGAAGCAUGCAAGCUAACCCAUGUCAGAUACUUGUUGCUACCCCUGGAAGGCUUAAGGAUCAUCUUGAGAACACACCUGGUUUUUCAACCCGUAUUAAAGGUGUGAAGGUUCUUGUUCUUGAUGAAGCUGACCGCCUUUUGGAUAUGGGAUUUAGAAGAGACAUUGAGAAAAUAAUUGCUUUCAUUCCUAAAGAACGGCAGACGCUUCUGUUUUCUGCUACUGUUCCAGGAGAGGUGCGUCAAAUUUCUCACGUUGCAAUGAAAAAGGAUCAUGAGUUCAUUAACACUGUUCAAGAAGGCGAUGAGGAGACACAUUCACAGGUAAACCAGACGUACAUGGUCGCACCUCUAGACCUGCACUUCUGUAUAUUAUAUGAUGUAUUGAAGAAGCAUGUUGCAGAAGAUGCAGACUACAAAGUGAUUGUAUUUUGUACUACUGCAAUGGUCACAAAACUCGUCGCUGAGGUGCUUUCACAGCUUAAACUGAAUAUAAGAGAGAUUCAUUCCAGAAAGUCACAAUCUGCAAGAACUAAGGUCUCAGAUGAAUUCAGGAAGUCAAAGAGUUUGAUAUUAGUUAGUUCUGACGUAUCUGCCCGUGGUGUAGAUUAUCCUGAUGUCACCCUUGUCAUACAGGUUGGCCUUCCUGCUGAUAGAGAACAGUAUAUACAUAGACUUGGUAGGACUGGACGGGAAGGCAAGGAAGGGCAAGGCAUCUUACUGUUGGCUCCCUGGGAAAUGCAUUUUCUUACUACCGUUAAGGAUUUGUCAAUAUCAGAGGCUGCAACACCUUCAGUCGAUCCAAGCAUUCAGGCAGUAGUCAAAGAUGCUGUCAGAAAAGUAGAGAUGAAGAGCAAGGAAUCAGCCUAUCAGGCAUGGUUGGGGUACUACAACUCCAACAAGACCAUCAGCCGAGACAAGGCCAGACUUGUUAGACUUGCGGAGGAGUUCAGCCAGAGCAUGGGUCUUGCAAUUCCGCCUGCCAUACCCAAACUCAUUCUACGGAAGAUGGGCCUUAGCAAUGUUCCCGGUCUCCGGUCUACGUAAGCCGGAUGCUCAAAAGCAAGAAGGAACUGUGCCAUAACAAGAUAGGAGCAUUUGACCAACCAUAUUGCUCUCAGCUUGGUAAACAAGUAUACUUCCCACCAUUGCUGUACCUCAGUAUUUUGACCGUCCGCACUAUCAUCACUCCCUUCUGAAUUCAGUGGUCAUGAAGUUCAAGCAUGACUGCUGCAUUCUUUCAGAAACCAAAUCUUGACUGCUCCGCUAUCCACAGCAGUUAGUUUCAAACAAGGUCCGUAAUUCUUCAUAUAGGAAGUUUUCACAAGGCCAGUGACCCAUAUCAAAUAGAAUAUUGUUUUGAACACUACUGAGUCCUGAACCAUUUUGAAAUGUGUAUUGGCUCACUGCACCACAGGGAACCAGGUAUUCAUAACAUAAUAGACUUGUCUUGUACUCCUGCUACAUUAUUUAUUUAUCAAGCAGAAGUAUCACUUUUUCUGCCA